CUCUAUCUCAUAUCUGAAGGAGCGCUCGUCCCGUUAUUCGCUUUAAUUGUCAAUAGCGAAAAUAAUUGUGUUUUCUAGAAGAGGGAAAAUCAUCGUUUCGGUGGAAUAGGCAAAGCCCCGUGUGGCAUUGCAUGGCAAGAUAUCGACAUGUCGUAAAAAUGAUAUAAAUAGAGAUAACAGUUUUCUAGUCGGUGGGCGAAAAUUGUCUCCAUUAUUAACAAUCAUCGGAAAGAUUCUCACUGGUUUAUCAAAACGCAAGUAUGUCAGGAAAACAUUUCAACGUCCACGAAGUGGGCUGUUGUAUCAAAUACUUCAUAUUCGGAUUUAAUAUUAUAUUUUGGGUAUGCAACUCACUAGGUUUUGAGACACAACCCAUGUGACAGAUGACAGAUGACAUUUGCCUUGUCUGUUUCAGAGCUGCUGGGGGUGGCAUUCCUAUCUGUGGCUCUUUGGGCCUGGAGUGAGAAGGGAGUUCUCUCUAACAUCUCCUCCAUCACAGAUCUGGGUGGGUUUGACCCAGUGUGGCUGUUUCUCGUGGUCGGUGGGGUGAUGUUCGUGCUGGGCUUCGCUGGAUGUAUCGGAGCGUUGAGAGAAAACUCCUUCCUACUCAAGUUUUUUUCCGUCUUUCUGGGAAUCAUAUUUUUCCUGGAGUUGACUGCAGGAGUCUUGGCAUUUGUCUUUAAAGACUGGAUCAAGGACCAGCUCAAGUUCUUCAUCAACAACAAUAUUAGAGCCUACAGAGACGACAUUGACUUGCAGAAUCUCAUCGACUUCACGCAAGAUUAUUGGGAGUGUUGUGGAGCAUUUGGGCCUGAAGACUGGAAUCUGAAUAUCUACUUUAACUGUACUGACACUAAUCUGAGUAGAGAGAAAUGUGGGGUUCCCUUUUCCUGCUGCACCAAGGAUCCUGCUGAGGAUGUAAUCAACACACAGUGUGGAUAUGACAUUCGAGCGAAAAGUGACAAUGAACAGAAUAUGUUUAUACAUACAAAAGGAUGUGUACCGCAGUUUGAAAAAUGGCUACAGGAGAAUCUAACAGUAGUUGCUGGAAUCUUCAUAGGAAUUGCACUUCUGCAGAUAUUUGGGAUCUGCCUGGCUCAGAAUCUCCUGAGUGACAUUGAGGCGGUCAGAGAGAGCUGUUUGUUCACCUAAAAUGCUUGAGCCGUUCCGCAGACAGAGCCUCCAUCUUUCUGUCACUCAGCAACAGAACUGGCACAUUGUCAUCAGAGUAUCCAAGCAACCAGUGAGGGAGUCACAACCAAAUUCACAUACCUCCUUUUUUACAAUGUACAACGACAUCUUAAUGUUUCCAUGAUAAUGGUGUACAACGUUAGAUUUGUAUUAUUUUGAAUUCACCUCUAAUCCUUUUUCUAAUCCUUAAACAUCACACAAACAGUACUGACAUGCUGACCCAACACGCAACUGAUUUUUGUUUUUUUUUAAUACUUGUUUGUCUAUGUACAUGUGCAUCAGAUGAAUGUCUUUGACACCUUGAACGUUGCAUUUUUAAAACCUGUCAAGUUGAAAAUAGUUAAAGUUCUAAAAAGUAUGUCUGGAGACCCCUGUGUUCAGUUCAAUUCGAUUGCACAAGAACUCAUCCUGUGUGUAGAACAGCCCCUUACAAAUUUCUGCCUAAUUGCAACUGAUGCAGAAGACGCAAUUGUGAUAAAGGUGUUGCAAGUCAUAAGUUUCCAUGUUUGUAGGCAAAUACAAACACACUCGCUCAGUAUUUAAAGGUUUUGUAUACCCAAAUGGUGUGUGUGUGUAUGUGUGU